AUGUGCGAGUGCAUCACUUUGCACGUCCCGCCACACAUUUACGUGGCGGGAGGGACUGUGGCAGGCUAUGUCGAGCUUAAAGUCCCCCUCCUUUGCGAACAUCGCGUCGAAGAGGUCGUGGUAGAAUUGCGGGAGACCAUUUUCCUACGGGACCAGUACGGUCCGAUGACAUCGGUAUCCGACGAACAGUCUAACGUCCGAUCGAACUGCACUGUGUGGACGUUGGAUACAAUCAACCCCCCUCUCGGUACCGAUGUAAUCUGCGCCGAUUUCGAGCUCGCGCUUCCCGUAAGCUUGCCGCCGUCCUUCGAGGCUUCCACUGCCCAUGGGGAAGCAUACAUACGCUAUUACAUCGAAGUGUUGCCGAUAGGCCACCACGGUCUUCAUGAGAGAAUUAUGGGCCCCAUGGUGGUUGUACCAAAAGACCGCGACGGCGAUCGCUCGCGCGGUCUCCUCCGGGUUGGGUGGAGUGGACGCUGGGCGACAAAAUGCGUCGAGCACCAGAUACGCAGAAGCCCAUGGGGCAGAUACGCCGAUGUAUUCAUCGAGUACUCCCUCCCAGAUAUCCGCGCGCUUCCGCUCUUCGUGCCUAUCCCCUUCAAAAUCUCCAUCAUCACCAUAAGCGCGGCCACGCACAAGGGCGCCGACGUCAAGACCAUCUGGCCGGCCCCGCCGCAGCGACCACAGGACGUGUUCUUGACCCUCCACCGCACCCUGAAGUACACCGUGAGCCCGUAUCAUGGCGAGAGCUCGCACGUACAGAAGUCGGGUAAGGAGUGGCGGCCGUCGGUCGGCGACCCGAUGGAGGGCCAGUGGCGCCAGAGGACGACAUUCUCCUCAUCGUUCGUGCUACGAUGCCCGCCAACAUUCCAUACACAGAGCAUCAAGAAUGAGGUCUCCUUUGGCUCGCCGCUCAGCGGCGUGAAGGCGUGCUUUCCCGUCAAGGUGACCUCUGCUAUGACACCAUCGACCAGCCUCGAGUUUUAUGCGCUGCCUGCGCCGCCGCCGCCGACAGGAGCACUCGUGAAAAUAUCGAGACAGUUGUUGUCCCACAAGCGGACACAUUCUGAACCUUCAUCCUGCCCAACUAAGCCGGACCUUCCGCCGUACUAUGUCUUCUGUCCAUCCCGCACGCACCUCUCUCACUCGCAAUCGUGUCCUUGUAGAUCGUACUGGAGCAUGACAUCCGGCGAAGAGCAGGAGAGCCGCAAAGUAUGCACGCCACAACGGGUAUGCAUAGUGAAGCGGACGGACGAGUUCAUGAUAUGAAAAUGUUGUCUGUUAAUCGCUGUUCG